AUGAAGGAAUAUGAUGAAUUCAUGGACCACAAUGUUAAAGGCAUGUGGCUGGCGAAAAUCGUGAAGAUUGCCGGAUAUCGCCUACUGUUGAGGUGGGUGGGAGCUAACGAGGAGGGCGAUGAACGCUUUGACUUCUGGGUGAACAUUGGCUCUAAAUCUCUUCACUCUAUUGGAUAUGGCUCCUCGGUACAAUACAAUCGGCUCACUUAUGUUUUUAUGCCACCAAAGUUUAUUGCUGAUCGUUGGCUGAGUGAUGGUGAAGAAGGUUUAUCGAAACAUAUUCAGUCGACGAUGAUUCCUCUGCAGCACGUGCGCUCAUUGCGAAAGCAUUUUGAGGAUGACCGUAAACGCAUAGUCACUGAUACCAAGUUCAAGGUGAACGAUCGUGUGGAGUUGCUAGACUACAAUAAUUCAACGCGUGUUAGGCCUGCUCGUGUUAAGAGAGUGGUAGGCCGUCGGCUCUGUGUCCAUGUGAAGGAGGAAGAUUUCGAUGGCGAAGUAGAUGAGGACGAUCGUCAGUUUGGCGAAGAAUCAGAAUUUUGGGUGGACCAAUCGAGUUUCUAUUUGUUCCAUGUUGGCUGGGCAUGCUAUAACAAUUAUGGCCUAGGAUCUACUAAAGAAUAUAGAAAGCACGCACAAAAGAUCGCUGAGGCUCUUAGUAAGGGUGAAGACCCUCCUUUUGCUCCCAGUGAUGUCAGUCCGGCAAAACUGCGUUCCUGGAACAUCGACAAGGAGGUACCGCUGGGUUGGCAGAAGGGGAUGAAGUUCGAAUUGAUGGAUCCGUUAGCGCAAAUGUUCAAUGAGCUCAGAGUAGCUAGUGUGCUGGAAGUGUUGAAGGGUGGGUACCUUCGUGUCGGUAUGGAUGGUCCAGAUGUUGAAUCGGAAUGCAUUCCACUUCACUGCACCAGUCCCUUCAUGUUUCCUGUUGGAUACGCGGAGAAAUACGGCAUAAAGUUAGGAGGACCCAAUGAUACUGAAAAGUUCGACUGGAAUGAUUACCUACAGCAAUCUGAUACCAUUGCUGCGCCAGAAACGCUAUUCCGUAGCAUUCCUGAUCAAAAAUAUAUGGACCAUUUCCAGAUCGGUGCUAAACUUGAGUCCUCCGACAUGUGCGAGAACCAUUUAGUCUGUCCGGCUACAGUAGCUGCCCACAAAGGACGACUGUUGCAGAUCCAUUUCGAUGGAUGGGAGGACACAUACGAUCAGCUCUUUGAUGUGCACUCCAACGACAUAUUUCCUCUUGGUUGGUGUGAAAUGCACGGGUAUAAGCUCGAGCCACCAAAAGCCGAGGAAGAGCCUCCUAAGAAGAAAAAGAAAAAGUAG